AUGAACAUCUAUGAUGAUAUUCUCGAUGCUACCGUGGUGUCACUCUCAGCAACAGGUCAUUUCACCACAGGAAAAUAUGAGGAAUUGUUAGCGGUCAGAACCGAUAUACUGUCAGUGUACAGGGUGAGUUUAAAAGGCCGACUUAUAUUGACACAUGAGUUUAAAUUCGAAGGAAGAAUCACUGAUCUCGCUGUGGUACCUCAGAAGGAUUCUCCACUUGACUGUCUGCUUUUAUGCACCUCAAUUGCCAAGAUUUCUGUGGUAAGAUACGAUGAAGCUUCCAAUUCGAUAGAGACGUUAAGUUUACACUAUUACGAGGACAGUUUUAAAGACCGUUCCAUCUUAGAACUGGCUAAAGAAUCCACUAUGAGGGUUGAUCCUGGUAAAAGAUGUGCUCUCUUAUUUAACAACGACGUGAUUGCACUAUUGCCUCUGCAGACCACUUCCUUAAAUGAUGGUGAAGAAGAGGAUGAAGAUAUGGACGAUGAGAGACCGGAUAAGAGACAAAAGAAUAAUAAAGGUAGGAUUACUGCUCCAAGCGCUAUUUUCAAUGCUAAGGAAUUACAUCAAGAUAUGAACAACGUUAUAGACGUAACAUUUCUACGAAAUUUUACCAGACCUACCUUGGCAGUAAUAUUUGAAAAUAAACCAGUAUGGGCAGGAACUUCACAAGUACUACCUUUGCCGGUAACAUAUAUGGCUUUUACCCUGGAGGUGACGUCUAAUGAACAAUCCACUGACAUAAAGAGUACGGUAAUUGCAACCGUCAAGGAACUAAGCUGGGAUUUCCAUACCAUGAUACCGAUUGCCAAUGGAUGUAUCAUUGUGGGGUCUAAUGAAAUGGCAUACAUCGACAAUACGGGGUCGCUUCAAUCUAUCAUAUUUUUAAAUUCUUAUGCUAACAAAAAUAUGAAGAAGGCAAGAAUUGUAGACAGAUCGAAAUCUAAAAUUUUACUGCAUAAGCCAACAACAUACAACUGGUCUGUUUCAGAUCAGAAAUCAGAAACUGGAGAAACUCUUCUGAUAAUGGACCAUCAGGCUGCAUUUUAUUACAUUCAACUUGAAUAUGAAGGUAGGUUACUCACUAAAUUCGAUAUUAUCAAUUUACCUAUUGUAAAUGAUACUUUGAAAAACAAUUCUAAUGCGACUUGUAUAUCACGUCUGAAUUCAACAUUGUCUGGCAACUACGUAGACCUUUUUGUUGGUUUUCGUUCUGGAGAUGCUUCGGUAUUGAGGCUGAAUAACUUGAAAGCCGCCAUUGAGAGUCGCGAUGAGCACAAAGAGAUUACUUCACCACCAGAGAAUGAUAUUGAAAAAUUUGAAGAUGAGGAUGAUCUAUAUUCAGAAGAAGCAUCUGAUGCUGAUAAAGAAAAAGAAAACAAGGAAGUAGUUGUCGAAACCGUUUUGCCUUUUGAUAUCGAAGUGCUUUCAUCAUUGAGGAAUAUUGCCCCUAUCACAUCUUUGACACCAGGUAAAAUAUGCUCAGUGGAUAAAUUCGUCGAAGGUCUUUCCAAUCCCAAUAGAAAUGAGGUAUCGUUGGUAGCCACUUCAGGAAACGGAACAGGUUCUCACUUGACAGAGAUUCAAAUGAGUGUCAGACCCGAAGUGCAACUGGCCCUAAAAUUUAUUAGCAUCACCCAGAUGUGGAAUCUAAAAAUCAAGAACAAAGAUAAAUACUUGAUUACCACUGAUUCGAAUAAGAAUAAAAGUGAUAUUUACCUCAUAGACAAAAACUUUGCACUUUACAAAGAAGGUAGAUUUAGGAGAGAUGCUACCACCGUUAGCAUAUCCAUGUUUGGUAGCGAUAAAAGAAUUGUUCAAGUGACCACUAAUCACCUAUAUCUUUACGAUACAAAUUUCAAGAGGUUAACUACUAUGAAGUUUGAAUUCGAAGUGGUCCAUGUCUCAGUCAUGGAUCCCUAUAUUUUAAUUACAGUUUCCCGUGGUGAUAUUAAGGUUUAUGAAUUGGACGCCAAGCAUAAGAAGAAGUUAUUUAGAGUCGAGCUUCCGGAUGUCUUACGUGAAAUGGUCAUCACAUCUGGUGUAAUAUUGAGAAGCAAUAUGUGCAAUGAGUUUUUAACGGGACUUGAAAACUCGUCAGAAGAACAAUUACUAUUCACUUUUGUCUCUGCAGACAAUCAAAUCAUUUUCUUUCCUCGAGAGCACAACGAUCGUAUAUUCCAACUGAAUGGUGUGGACCAACUAAAUGAAAUGCUUUAUAUCAGUACUUAUUCACUUCCUGAUGAGGUGGUUCCAGAUCCUUCGAUAAAGCAAGUUAUGAUCAACAAAUUGGGUAAUAAUAAUAAGGAGGAAUAUUUGACUAUCCUGACAUUUGGUGGUGAAGUAUAUCAAUAUAAGAAAUCUUCUCGUCGACAUAGCAGAUUCUACCGUAAUAUCUCGGGAGGUGAUUUAGCGAUCACUGGUGCCCCCGACAAUGCCUAUGCAAAAGGUGUCAGUUCAAUUGAAAGAAUCAUGCACUAUAUCCCUGAAUAUAAUGGAUGCUCAGUCAUCUUGAUCACAGGUAGCGUUCCUUACAUUAUAGUGAAGGAGGAUGAUUCUGUGCCGCGUAUAUUCAAGUUUGCUAACAUUCCAUUAGUUUCAUUAACACGUUGGGGCAGACAUUCUGUUAUGUGCGUGGAUGAUAUCAAGAAUGCCAGAGUUUACACGCUAGAUCGCAACAACGUCUACUACGGUAAUAAAUUACCCUUGAAGAAGCUUGAAAUCAGUGAUGUGAUGGAGGAUUACAUGACUCUGACUAGGGUCACUUUCCAUGAAAGGUCCCAAAUGUUCAUUGUAUGCUAUGCCAAGGAGAUAGAAUAUAGUGCAUUGGGUGAGGAUGGUGAAAAAUUGGUUGGAUACCAAGAGAAUACACCCCAUGCCAAGAGCUUCAAAAGUGGAAUCUUACUCAUCAACCCCAAGACCUGGAAUGUAAUCGAUAAACGAGAGUUUGACGACAAUUCACUAAUUAACGACGCAAGAACCAUGCUAAUACAGUUGGACUCCAGGACAAGAAGAAGGAAAGAGUACGUAAUUGUAGGUGUGGCACAUGUGGAAACAGAGGAUUUACCGCCCUCAGGGUCCCUCUCAGUGUUUGAUAUAACAGAAGUGGUUCCGGAGCCUGGCAAACCAGAUACAAAUUUCAAAUUGGGAGAAGUGUUCAAAGAAAAUAUCCGUGGUACUGUGAGUUCUGUAUGUGACAUAAGUGGGCGAUUCUUAAUCAACCAAUCUCAAAAAGUCAUUGUGAGAGACGUCCAGGAAGAUAACUCUGUUGUUCCGGUGGCAUUUUUGGAUGUCCCAGUCUUUGUCACUGACGUUAAGAGCUUUGGUAAUUUCCUCAUCAUUGGAGAUUCCAUGCAAGGUUUCCAAUUCAUCGGAUUCGAUGCAGAACCAUACAGAAUGAUCCCACUGGGUAGAAGUGUCUCCAAACUGGAAACAGUAGCAUUGGAAUUUUUAGUGAAUGGUGGUGACAUAUUCUUUGCUGUCACCGACACUAGCAACAUCUUACACAUUUUCAAAUAUGCACCAGAUGAGCCUAACUCUUUGUCGGGCCAAAGACUUGUACAUUGCACCAGUUUCAACUUACACUCUACAAACACUUGCAUGGUACUGCUACCUAAAAACGAAGAGUUUUCUGUCGGUGAGAAAUCUCUCAGUCCCGUUCAGGUGGUUGGGGGCCAGACUGAUGGAUCUCUUUUCAAAUUAGUCCCUCUCAGAGAAGAUACCUACCGUAGACUCUACGUUCUCCAACAACAACUCACUGAGAAAGAGGUCCAGCUUGGAGGACUGAAUCCACGUAUGGAAAGACUGUCUAAUGAAUAUUACCACCUAACGCAUGCAGUAAGACCUAUGCUGGAAUUUAAUGUUAUUAGAAGGUUUAACACACUCUCGGUUGAGAAGAGGAAACAGACAGCACAAAAAGCAGGUAGAAGGGCUCAUUUUGACAUCUGGCGUGAUCUAGUCAAUAUAGAAUUUUCUUUGAGAUCUUUAUGUGGAUAG